AUUAUAGUUCUAUAGUAUUACACUAAGUAUUAACUAUAAUAACUACUGUAAGAACAAAUCGUACAAUAUUGCACAUUUGUUAGUUCUAACUACUUAUGUUGUAAUUAAGUUUAAAUUCAAUUUUUGAAUAGUUCUAAUCUAUAAAUACCUAUGUCACAAUUAGGGAGGGUAAAGCAAUGGAACACAUUUGCUCGCUGUUGGCAUUUGUUCGAUGCAGCUUGGCAAAAUCCUUUAGAAUGUGCUCCUACGAUUGAAAAGUAUUUAAAAGGGCUCAUUAAACCAAUUUAUCAUCCUUUAGUGGAUUGUGGCGAUCAUGUUGUAGUUAUUAACAGUAAACAAAUUGCAUUUCCUGGUGAGGAAUGGCGUCGUCGUGCUUAUUUCCAUCAUACUGGAUAUUCAGGUGGAGCAUCUUGGACUCCAGCUUGGGAAUUACAUGAUAGAGAUCCAACUAUGAUUAUCAGAAAAGCUGUUUAUCAUCAUAUGAAAGGCAAUUUAUUCAGAAGAGUAGUCAUGGAACGUUUACAUAUUUAUCCAGAUUCUAAUGUACCCGAAGAGGUUAUGGAGAAUAUUUCCAACCAAAUUCGAUCAUUACGAUCUAUACCCAAAACAUUGGAUUCUUAUAGUAAAGAUGAGAUUGAAAAAUAUCCAAAAAUUAUAGAUUACCCUGAAGAUUUUAUUUUGUCAAAAAAUUAAAACAACGUAUGUUUAUAAUAUUGUAUAUGAUUAGACUAUCAUUA